AAAGUCCGUAGCUCAAGUUCUUGCCAUCACUGCUGCGCGUGGAGGAAAGAACCUACAACAACUUGAUAAGAUUCCCAACACCAAGAUGAAUCGUCAUAGAUGUGAAAGCGAUGUUGACUCCUCUCUACGUAAAGGCAGCCAGCCACACAGUCUAGAUGCUAG